AUGAUUCAUGAAUCACUUUUGCACCACGACCUGCUCUUCAAGCUCCUCCUCAUCGGCGACUCCGGUGUUGGAAAAACAUGUGUUCUUUUCAGAUUUUCGGACGACACAUUCAACACAACAUUUAUUUCCACGAUCGGCAUCGACUUCAAAAUCAAGACCGUCGAGCUCCAAGGAAAGAAAAUCAAGCUUCAAAUUUGGGACACUGCCGGUCAGGAGCGAUUCCACACAAUCACCACCAGCUACUAUCGCGGAGCAAACGGAAUUCUCCUGGUGUACGACAUCACGCAGCCGAAGACAUUCGACAAUAUUUCAAAAUGGCUACGAAAUAUCAACGAGCACGCGUCCGAAGAUGUCGAAAGGAUGCUGAUAGGAAAUAAAUGCGAUAUGGAAGAUAAGCGUUUAAUAUCGGAGGAGCGUGGGAAGAAAGUCGCUGAAGAAAAUGGAAUUAAGUUCUUUGAGACCUCGGCGAAAGAGAAUAUCAAUAUCGAACUCGCUUUUAAUACGCUCGCUGAGGAUAUUCUGAACAAGCAGAGGCCAAUUGAGGACAACAACGUAGCCACAGGAGUUAAUUUGCAAGGGGGAAACCAAUCGAGCUCAGGCGGACCCGGAUCCUGUUGCAAAUUGUAA